AUGGAGCAAGAAUCUGCAAAUUUAUUGCAAAAUCAUGCCAGAAGUACAAUAGUACAAAGUCGUAGUAUUCGUUCUCAAAAAAAAUUAUGCAAAAUAUUCUCAAAUAAAUAUAUUGCACAAUGUUUCAUUCCUACACGUUUGAAUCGAGUUUUGAACAAUUUGCAUCGUUUGGCAGAAGGUUUUCUGGACAAUAAUCAAGAUGCAGACAGAUUAUUACAAAAGAUAAUAAAAUCAGGAUUUAAAUUUCAUGUGCUCUACAGGAAUCGAAUUAUUCCAUUCAGCCCAGAUGGUAGACGAUUAAUGAUGAAAUUGCGUGAUGAAUUUAUUUUAGUUUUUGCAAUGAUUGUUGCCCUCAACUAUUUGGAUCUCAUAUUCAUUCAAUACUCGCUCCAACGUAAACUCCAACGUAAACUCAGACAUUGUCAACAGUUAAUUCGCAGAAUUAUUGGAAAUCACCUGACACAAAAAAGUCAUGAUCGAAUCGAUUUUAUUUUUGAUUUUAUUUCGGAUGCAGAUUUUUUGGCCUAUAUUUUUGAUUCUGAAUUAACACGUAAUCAUGCUAUCAUCGAAGAAAUUAUCGAUGAUCUACGUGCAUUGAUGUCUGAUGCUCUACUUGCAUUGUUAUCUGAUGCUCUAAGUGCAUUGAUGCCUGAUUCUCUACGGGUAUUGAUGUCUGAUGCUCUACGUGUAUUCGUGCGUGAUAGUCUAAUCUAA